AUGGAACGAGUGAAAAUCGAAGCCAAUCACUGUUUAAUUUUCAUCACGUCUAUUGCUCUUAAGAUGUAGAAAAACCCCGUCCCGUCAGGCCGCCAGUCUCAAAUAUCAAAUGGAACAACAAACCCCACCAACCGCCGUCACCGUCUCCGCCUCCGCCUCCGCCUCGCAACCCACUGACGCUCCACCCCAACCGCCACAGCCGCAGCCAACACCGGCUCCGCAGCCUCUAUCGUCUCUGGCAACUCCGUCCUCAUCCACCCCAAAUCCUAACCCUAACCCCAAUCCCACCACCAACCAAAUCCCUAAUUCUAAACCAUCAUCCACCUCCACCUCCUCACUCCCUCCCCACUCUCUCCCAAGUCCCUCACAGCCCCCACCAGCACCCCGGCCUUCCUCCACGUUCUCCAGAACCCUGCCGCAGCACCAACAACAUCAACAGCCGCACUAUCCGCAUUUCUCUUCGCUCCCGUCUUCGUCUUCUUCUGCAUCUUCGUCUGCGUCUCCCUCAAUCUCGCCCCCACAGCCGAGGGGUGGCGUUGCCAUUGGUGUUCCGGCCCACCACGCCAACACUUCUCCUCAACCUACCCCGUUCUCGUCUUCUUUCGGUCAGCACUUCGGUGGGCUGGGACGGAGUCCAGUCCAUGCUCCGGAAUCGGCCCCUAAUUCCAAUGUUUCGCAGGCCAGACCGACGAUUCAAGGAGUACAGGGAAUGGGGAUGUUGGGAUCACUUGGUUCGAGUUCCUCACAAAUUCGGCCAGGCGGGAUUCCGGCACACCACCAACAGAGACCUGUCCAGUCAUCUCUUAGACCGUCAUCUUCCCCAACUAACCAGCCCUCAAUCUCGCAAAAUCUGCAAGGGCAUGGCCUUUUGAGAAUCUCAUCAGUGGGAUCUCCUGGUUCUCCAUCACCAAAUACCUCGCAAAGUAUGCAAUCCAUUAAUCAGCCAUGGUUGUCGUCUGGAUCACAAGGGAAGCCUCCUUUACCAUCCCCUUCAAAUAGGCUUCAGGUGAAUUCACAAAUGCAACAACGUGCACAUCUUCCUCAACAACCACAGCAUCAUCCGGUGCCAGCAGCUUCACAGCAGCAACAUAUAUCCUCUUUGCAGCCGCAACAACCUUCACCAUCAAAUCAGCUGCAAGAGCAUUAUGGACAGCAAUUUGCACCUUCAAGGGUCCAACAAAGUGUUCCCCAUCAACCUCAAAUUACUAGGGUUCAGGGCUCAGGAAAUCAGAAGCCUUCCUCUCUUGCAAUGCUACAACCGAACACAGUCCAGUCUGGGCCCCAGAAUAGGACAGCUAUCGUGGAAACAGAUGAAUCUUGUAAUAGAAUUCUUACCAAAAGAAGUGUCCAGGAGCUAGUUAGCCAGGUUGAUCCAUUAGAGAAGUUGGAUCCUGAAGUUGAAGACAUUCUUGUGGAUAUUGCGGAGGAUUUUGUUGACUCUAUUACGACGUUUGGUUGCUCAUUGGCAAAGCAUCGGAAAUCAAAUACGUUGGAGGCAAAAGACAUACUUUUACAUCUUGAAAGAAAUUGGAAUAUGACACUUCCUGGUUUUGGUGGUGAUGAGAUUAAGAGCUACAGAAAACUGGUUACAAAUGAUAUUCACAAGGAGCGCCUUGCAGCAAUAAAGAAGUCAAUAGUAGCAACUGAGACAGCAACCAAGAUUUCUUCUGGACAAGCUGCUGGAAGUGUAAAGGGUAAUCUGGCCAAGACACCUGCCAAUGCGUUGGCCCCUCAAACCUAAAAAUACAUGAUAUCAGAUGAAGGCAUGUAUUGACGCGGCUGAAAUUGAGGACCUUUCUUGAUGGAAAGGAAAAUCUUACCAAGAAGAAAGGGCUAUAAUACAACAUGGCAGAAACAAGAUUCGAUACCUACCUCGGUGGACAAUGGACAUCCAAGGAUAUGAAGCUGCUUCGUAAGGAUCUCCCGGACCCCAUGUAAUCCAAAGGGAAGGGAUCUUGUAUCAUUAAUGGAUAUUUCAUAGCCUAAUUUUGUUGGGCCACCAUCUUCUUUGAAGCGGCUGCAAGUUUGGUUGGACCAGUACUAACAACCUCAACCAGAACUCUCACUGAAUUAUGAUCGGUAUUAAUCGUGUAAUGAUGUGAAUUUGUGCUUUAUUUUAUUUAUUUU